GUAAUUGUAUGUAACGAAAUGUUGAGAAUGUUGGAUUGUUCUUGCACCUAUGCACCUACAGUGGGUCACUGUCAUCCCAGCAUCACACAAGCAGCCACGACGCAGAUGGAGCUUCUGAAUGCCAAUUCGCGCUUCCUUCACGACAGUAUAGUUCAGUAUGCCGACCGCCUCGCUGCCACUCUGCCCGACAAGCUGUGUGUCUUCUAUUUUGUCAACUCAGGGUAAGACACCAUGCCCUACAACCUAAGACUUCCUCCUGAAACACAGCCCCAAUGACAUCUGCGUAAGAUAUAGGAAGAAUAAUGUAAUAUAUAUGUCUCCAACAGUUCAGAGGCCAAUGAUCUAGCACUACGCUUGGCCCGCCAGUACACCCAACAUGAAGACGUCAUUGUGCUUGACCAGUAAGAUUUCUCACAUAUCACACAAAAACAACUACUGUUCUGCUUCCUUUUCAUUUGCAUGUCUCAGUAGAUUUCUUCUCUAAAUGUACGCCUUCCUCUUUCCCCCUCCUCCAUACUAGUGCAUAUCAUGGGCACCUGACUUCGCUCAUCGAUAUCAGUCCAUACAAGUUCCAGAAGCUGACAGGACAGAAAGAGUGGGUUCACGUGGUAUGUAAGAGGAGACAUAUUUCAUGCCUUUUUGCCGUGUGCUACAAAAAGCUAAUAUUGUUAUUUUCCCGUUUAAUCCUUACAGGCACCCAUACCAGACACCUAUAGAGGUAUAUUCAGAGAGGACCAUCCCAACCCAGCCCAGGCAUAUUCAGAUACUGUGAAGGACGUGAUAGACAAGGUGCACCAAAAAGGUCGCAAGGUACGGUAAAUACAAUGGGUUUUGCAUGGAAAAGAACAGUUAGAAAAUAGUCUCAAUUUGGACAACCAGCAGGGUGUAAUGCUGAUAGUGUAGUAACAGUGUAAUAACAAUGUUUAUAAGUAUUGUACUAAUUCUAUGGAUCUAAUAACUCAAAACUGACUUGCAACCUAAAGGUUUCUGCAUUUUUUGCUGAGUCGUUGCCCAGUGUUGGAGGCCAAAUCCUCUUGCCCAAAGGAUACUCAACCAAAGUAGCAGAGUAGGUACUUCUUCUGAGCAUACAAUAUUAGUGCACUAUUAUACUGUACCAUUCUCUCAUGGGUGAAGAAAAGGGCUUUAGAGCCAAAUCCACAUUUGAGUUAGGAUUGAGGCCAUUGUGAUAGUAAAGGCUAUUGCUUUAAUCUUUGACGUGACAGUGAGUGAUGGUAUCUUUCUGUCUCCACAGAUAUGUGCGCUCUGCAGGGGGAGUGUUUGUGGCAGACGAGAUACAAACAGGUUUUGGGCGUGUAGGGAGCCAUUUCUGGGCCUUCCAGCUGCAGGGUGAUGAUUUCAGCCCUGACAUAGUGACAAUGGGCAAGCCGAUGGGCAACGGACAUCCCCUGGCAUGUGUAGCAACCACAGUGGAGAUCGCUGGGGCCUUCACAGCCAACGGAGUGGAGUACUUCAAUACCGUGAGAAACUGGUGGCUGUUAUAACCUAUAUUCUGCCUUACUAAGUAAUGUUAACCAUGCACAAAAGUGAAUGCUGUACAUGUGUAACUCAAAUUAGAAGUCUCAUCCCUAAUCAUGGUUUGUGGUUCUCCUGUGACUGUGUGCAGUUUGGCGGUAACCCAGUGUCGUGUGCCAUCGGCCUGGCUGUCCUGGACGUGAUUGAGAAGGAGGACCUGAGGGGGAACUCCUCACGAGUAGGAGGGCACCUAUUGGACCUGCUGAAACAGCUACAGACCAAACAUCCAAUCAUUGGAGACGUCCGGUAGGGGGCCUAUGACAUGGAUUAUGUGAAGGGAAUGUCUCUAUAAUAACUACCCUGCUGCCAACCUCAUAGUCUAGUCUACAGCAUGAUGCAUCCUGGCUGAAUACGGUAUACAAUAACUGGUUUUGUGUUUACUCUUGGCAGUGGAGUGGGACUGUUUGUGGGCUUGGAGAUGGUCACCGACAAAGAACAGAGGACCCCAGCUACAGACGCAGCAGCGCAAGUUGUCAGAAGGUGAGAGGUCAGACUGUGGGCAUUCACUGCUACAAGGCCUUAUGAAACAACAACUAUACAAUCAUAUCAAAGUGUGUCAGUGUUUGCUGCAGUCACAAUUCAGUGAAGAGUUAACACUAUUCUUAUUUUGGUAUAAAUCUUUGCAUUACUUUUAAAAGAGAACCUGUAAGCAGAAAUAUCCUUUGGUCUCGUCUCCCAUUCCAGAUUGAAAGAGGAGUGUAUCUGUGUCAGUACAGACGGCCCCUGGGAGAACGUUGUCAAGUUUAAACCUCCCAUGUGCUUCAGUAUGGAGGAUGCAGACUUGGUGGCAGACAGGAUACACCACAUUCUCACAGGUGACUGGAACACUUAGCCUAUAGCCUUGACUUAUUACAAUACAUUUACACAGUUGUGUAGUAUACGUUUAUUAUACUUGAGACAGAAUACCCAGUCUCAACAAAACUUUUAAACCCAACUCGACUUAGCCUCCACAACUGCAGUGUUUGCUGAACCUAAGGUUCAGGGAGCUUACACCAACCUGAUGAUUUAUAUCUGCUUACACAGAAGUGUUGGGGGGACUAUUUUUGAACCAGGUCAAUGGCACAAAGUCUUGAUGGAGCCAUACCACACACCACCGAAGCAGGUGUGCGGGGACCUUUUGACAAUUCUACUUUUCCUUUUCAGACAUGGAGAGCAGUCAUCAAAAACUGGACAAUGGAGAUUUCUAAGGUUUGUACAAACCUGUAGAAAGAUUUAAUUGCAUCAGACAGUAAGAAUUGGUCACAAUCAGAAGAGUCAGAGGUAGUGUUGUUGUUAGUGUGACGUACUCUUCCAGUAGAUUUCACUAACCGUUUCCAAAGUGCAUUUCUCAGACAUUGGAUUUGAUAGGGCAGAGCACCGGGCCCGUAUCCACAAAGCAUCUCAGAGUAGAAGUGCUGAUCUAGGAUCUGUCCAUAGAAAUUGUAUUUAUUAUGAUCUAAAAGGCAAAACUGAUCCUAUAUCAGCAUUCCUACUUUGAGGCGCUUUGUGGAUACGGUCCCAGAACUUGGGUCUUUUGCUUUUCAGACAAACUGGAGUCAUCAUGGAGGAAGACAAGGGAAGGAAUGCAGACGUAUUCAACACAGCCAAUCUCACAGAUCCAUACCACAAUGAAGGAUAAAAAGCCAAAUCGUUAAGACAUUAAGAUUACACUACUAGAUCUACCAACACGAGAAUGGUUUGUGAUAGUUCAUGAAGUGGAAUUAGUGACUGCUUUUGAUCCUGCAUGAGGGACAGAAGAGAAGCAGUGACAUAUGCAACAGAAAGGCAAUACAUUUGUACUAUAAAACACUAACGUUGUGAUCCUCCUCACAUUUAUACUUCCCUGUGGAAAUAGAUACAAUCACAUAGCAACUACCGGAUCAAGAAGUGCUCACAACAAAGGUCUACUGAUGUAUGUUAGGCUGCGUUAAUACAGGCAGUUAAAUUCUGAUAUUUUUCCCCCCACUAAAUUGGUGUUUUGACCAAUCAGCUCAGCGAAACGGUCUGUGAUUGGUCAAAAGACCAAUCA